CCGCUUGAACAACAAACCCCCAACGGCGCUCAUCCAUCCAUCCAUCCAUCCACCCUCCCAUCCGACACAAGCAUCCGCAUACCUAUAUCCCAUUAUAUGCAUGCGCUUGCUCUGCUGAAAUACGCAGGCAGUCAAGUGCGACCAUGUGUCAACCUCGAUAGAUAGCAAGAGAGAGAGAGAGCGAAAUCAAACCGUCUUCCAUCACCAUCGGUCCUAUCUAUCCAAUCUUGGGUAUCUCACCCACAUACUUGCCUAUACCUAUAACUGGCUGGCCGGUCCAACGUGUGACCCGAUCCGACCAAGUCCGCCUACAGCCGCGGCUGCAACUCUGCUCUACUCUGCUUUAUUCUGCUCUGGUGUCGUAUGACCAACAUGAAUGCGGAGCCAGCACAUUCGCAGGCCGGGCUCGCCAACUUGACGUCCUCCUUUCUGCCCUUUCUUCCGCGUUUGCUGUCCGGAGCCGGCGCCUUGAGCCAUGUGCUGGAUAAAAUGCGCGCCGGCAGCAUCAUUGCUGAACCUACAGCCGCGAAUGCCACCAAUGCCACUAUCGCGAGCACCACCGGAUUCAUCCAAGAGUCUGUUGCCGCUGCCGCUGGAGCUGCCGCUGGUGUCCAAGACGAUCUCACCAUGUGGCAGACGAUGAAAAAUGUCGGCUCCUUCUUUGGCUACAUUACUUCCAAGUGGGCCAUCGCUACUUUCAUAGUGGCUAUUCUGCUGAACCGCACACAUUUCUACGCCUCCAGUCGCGUACCCCUUUCCAUCGACCGCCUUCACAUGCGCCUCGGUCUCUACCUGGCCCCCAUGCUAUUGUUUCUAUAUAGGAUACAGACGGUCCUCCAAGCCAUACGCUGCCAGACGGCUCCCGCUUGGUCCGAGAUGCAAUAUGGUCAGCAUAGCAAACAGCUCGAUACUGAUUUCGGCGGAGAAGGCGGCUUCCUGUACGAGGUCAGCUCCUCCCUACUCUUCUACGAGAAUGUCCAGGACUCAUGUAGAGCCGCCAACAUGCUCCCCCUGGAUCCCGGCUCGGUGCGUCCACAGGGAUCUCUCGCUCUCCUAUGGCCGCUAUUUGUUUCGCUCGGCUUCAGCCAGGUCGUCGAGACGCUGUCUUGCGCGCUCCAGGGCCGCCACCCCGUUCAUGAGGUUGGCAUGACACUGUUUGAGCAUAGUUUGGCUUUCGCUGAGGCUGAGGCGGUUGUGACACGCCCUUUCGCAUCCGAUUCGUCCCGCUUCCACCGGCCCAAAACUGUCUUCACACCCAAUGGCGAUUCACUUAUUGUCGCCCGUUCCGCCCUCAACUCUUUCGCAAACGUGCCACCAGAAGUCUUGGUGAUUGCUCUCAUCUCGAGCUUCAGUCAUUUCACCAGCAAUUUUCUCGCCAUACUCGGUUUCCGCGCGAGAUUCCGUCUCGUCACCACAGCAGUUUGGGGUCUAGCGUACAUGUCUACCUUCACAUGGAGUUUUUUCCGGUUUGCAAACUCCGUGGUAGAUUCUGGCCAGUAUGCUGGCAUCAUUCGAUUCCCAACCGUCUGUAUUGUUGGCUUCAUUCCGCAUCUUCUCAUCUUGACUGGCAUACUGGCUUGCGGGGUCAUAUACCUCAUCGCCUUCGUUUUUACCGUUCUUUCACCCCCUCCUGGACAGCCCGAACAUAUUUCGUGGAGACAAAGGUGUGCUGUCGCGUACGGAAAUCUUCAUGCAAACAUCCAUCUAUCCGCCAUCACGCCACUGUCCAUCAACUGGAACGAAGACUUUUACACUGCUAUAUUGAAGACCGGGUUCACCGUGCUGACGGCGGCAAGCGAGGCCGUCUAUCUGAAUGAAGGCACACGGGUCAAUGUCCAUGCAAUGACCUGGCUUGAGAAGAAAAGACUCCGCGAAAUACUUGCGCGUCGCAGACAGAUGAUACAGAGGAUCACUCCCGUGGAAUUGCGUGGGGACGCAUUAGCUGAGGGCUUACAGAAUGUUGAUCAGUUAACAAUGGACGGAUCAACCCCUCUCUCGACUUCUGGAUAUGCACGUGAAAGGAAGACCAAGGGUAUCAAUGCGACGUCGGACGCUGCGAGAGCUAUAGGGCGCGACAAUGGUGUCGGACUGCAACAGCGUCGAGGCCGGUGGACCCUGACGUAUCAGUUUUUGAAGAGUAUUUCCUUUCUGGUAUUUGCUAUCCAGGCCAGACUACUCAUGUCCACUCUUCAAAAGCUGCGAAUCACCUAUCGUCCGCGUUGGUUGACUCGGCUUGCCGGGCCUCGUGAGAACGGAAAGGCUACAGCUCCCGUGUCCCGCUUUCGAGAAGCAUCAAAAUCCGACAUGGCCAAUGAAACGUGGCUUUUCGCUGAUGAUCAGACCCGCACACACCUCAACAACUCGCUUGACUUGGAAGUUGUCGCUAGGGAGCGUCUUCACGUGAGUGGCUCCUAUGAACAACGUGGACCUCAAGAAUCCGAAGAGCAACUGAACGAUUACCUUUACGGGUGGUUCAAACGUGGCGGGCAGUGGGGUGAUGCAGACACUAGUGGAGACUUCGUUCCACCUCGAGAUGACGACGACGACACAACCAGCGUGGUCUCUUGGGCCAAUACGACGGACGACGAAGAUGCGUGGUCAGAUGUUGGAGACGGACAACGAACUCCGACGCAAGAUUCUUACAGAUACUCACGUGAAUCGUCGCUGCUACCAGAGAACACAUUUGAUAUGUCUCGGCUUUCACAGCUUUUGGACCCAAAGUCUAGUGAAGAUAGAGAAGAAGCGAAGUUGCUGUCGCGCCAUUUGCAGAGUUCUGGUGUGCUUACUCGAUCUCAAUAUCGCCAGGCACUUGAGCAGGAAGAAGCCCGAAUUUUGACGACCUCACGCCUGCCCAUGGACGGACUUUCGGGAGGUCUCAGCAUGACACCGGAAGAAGAGGAGCUGCUUUUGGAAGAUCUCAUCCUCAACAAACGCAAAGUUGCAGCCUCGCAAAACUUGCGUAACCGAAACAGUUGGGAUACAGGCGCUGAAGGCAUGGGUUCAGACGGUCCGCAAUGUGUGGUCUGCCAGAUGGAGCCACGUACAGUUCUUGUUUGGCCUUGCGGAUGCCUCUCCCUGUGCGAUGAUUGUCGCGUUGGGCUUGCAUCAAAGAACUACACGACCUGUGUAUGCUGCAGGACGAAUGUAGCAGCAUAUUCACGGCUUUAUGUACCAUAA